AUGUCUGUGCCUCGUGCGAAUGCGAGCCGCGGUUCACGCGGAGCACGCGGAGCUGGGCUCCGCCCCUGGCGCCUGGCGGCACUGGCCUGCUUCGCGGCGUCCGCUGCGCGCGCCUGGGUCGCGGGGCGGGCGGUCUCCGUGUCACAGCGGAUGGAGGUCCGACGAGAUGGCGUCGGCGGGCUGGGGUUCCGCGGCCUGAGGAGAAUGAGCCGGACAGGUUUGGCAGCCCUGCAGCCUGGUAGGUAUCGCGCCCUCACCAAGAUUCGCCUCCGAAAGGAGCCGGACGUGGCCUCGGAGCCCACGGGCGCCACGGUCAUCGCCGGGGAGGAGUUCGAGGUCUUCGAGGCAGUGGACGGAACGGGCGACCCAGGCUAUCUGAGACUGGCGGAGGGAUGGGUCUUUGACCAGGGCAUCGCCGGCCGGUGGCUGGGGAAGCCCAUUGUGGAGCCGGUGAACUUGGCGGCGCCGCCGGCGCCCGAAGCAGCGCCCGCGCCGGAGCCGGAGCCGGAGCCCGCGCCGGCGGAGGUCGCGGAAGCCGCGCCGGAGCCGGAAGCGGCACCCAUAGAGCCAGAGCCGGAAGCCGCGCCGGCGCCGGAAGCGGCGCCGGAGCCGGCGCCGGAGCCGGCGCCGGAGCCCAUCGCGGCGGAGGUGGAGGUUGUGGAGCCGGAGCCGGCGCUGGAGCCAGCCGUGGCAGUGGGUGUGGCGCAGGUGGAGACGGUGAGGCUGCCGGAUGAGCUCUUGGGCGCUGGCUUCGAGUUCGUGCGCCUGGAGGCGGACCAAACGCAGCAGCCACUCACCUUCAUGCUGGGCAACGGCUUUCCGGGCACCUGCUUGACCACGCGCGGGAGCCUUCUGCUGGACGUGCAGGGUGCGGAGUUCAAGGGCGGGUGGCUCUCGCAGGCUCAGGAGAAGAUGAAAGUGAACCUGGAGAACGUGCGCUUCCUCGGCACAGGCUCGCGGAUCGCAGACCUCAAAGACCUGCAGGUGAUGGACUUCCCCCAGGCCCAGCUGUGCGAGCAGCUGGGCAUCGAGGUGCACGGCAUCUUGGGCAUGCCCUUCUUCGAGGAGUACGAUCUGGAUCUGGACCGCUACCGGGCGCGGGCGGAGCUCUACCUGCCGGGAAACGCGGCCUCGCAAGGCUUCUACAGCGGGGUGAAGCACCUGCCGGGCAUCGAGCUGCCGCAGAAGAACCUGGGCCUGGCGGUGAAGGGCAUGGCCGUGGAUGAGGCCGAGGAGGACCCCAAGGCCUUCAUCGGCUUAGUGGACACCAGCGCCGCCCACACGGUGGUGAACUGGGAGGCGGCGAAGCUUCUGGGCUUCGAUGGCCCGGAGGACGGCCGCCUCGUCCAGGCCGCCAAGGUGCUCGCAGCUUCUGCGGAUGGCAGCGCCGAGGAGAUGCCGGUGGCAUUGGUCCGGCUCAGCCUGUGCAGCGCGCCGGAGGGAGUCAAGCCCAUGGUCCAGUCGGUCUCCAAGGCGGGUCGGCGAGCUGUCGCGCUCGCUCGCUUCGCGCUUCGGCCCACGGCCAGGGCCCAUGCCUCGACUUCCUGCGGCCUCUAG